GAGCGGCAGAUCACCCAGCUGUUGGGCCUUGCGGAGGCGUACGCGAUUGCCAACCAGCGGAGCAUCGUGUGCGAAUUCCACAUGUUCAGCCUCCAGCACGCCAAGUCCUUGUGCCUUGGCGCGCUCCAGGGCGCCGUGUUCCACGCCAUCAUGUCGAG